CAAUUUUUUUUUUUUUUUUUUUAACUUUUUAUAAAUAGAAAAUAGAUCACAUUUUUAUUUUAUUUUUUUUAGUAAUUUUUGUUCGUGUAUAUUUGGGAAAUAUGAAAAAAGUGUGCACAAGCGUCAUCAAUGCACGGUUAAAUAUUUUAAACAGAAUUUACACAAAAUCUUAUCAUUUUAAAAGUCCAUCUCGAAGGAAAAAAAAAAAAGGCACAGUGAAAACUAUUUCUUUUUUUCAUUUUUUACUUUUUUUUUUUUAUCAAAAUGACACAAGAAGGAGAGGCACAGAUGAUAUCAGAACAUGAGGAGUAUCCAAUCUUUGAAAAACUAUUAAAUAUAAAGCAACGGAUCAUGUUGCUAAACAAAAGAAAUAAUAUGAAAUCACACGAUAUUUUACCUGUGCAACAACAAGUAGAGGACGCCAUCACCCAGCUCAUGAAAAUUCGUUCCGGCGUCUUGUUCAAAAAGAAUCAUGUCAAAAACAGAACCGAUGAUGAACUGAAUAAAGUAUGUCAACUUAUGAGUCUUUGUUUCAUGACCAUAGGAAAAUGGCACGAAAGCCCCGCUAUCUUUUGUCAAGUCAUCGCCAUCAAGAAUUGCUUUUAUCAAUUAGAACAAAUCGGGAUCUACGAUGAAAAGAUACUGGAACCGUACAACGCCAAAUUAAAACAGCUAGAACGUAUCUUGACCGAAGACGAAGUCAACUGUGGAUUAUCUGAACCCAUCAUGGAGCUGGUUGGUUAUAAUUACUCCGUAUGCAAACGGAUCUAUGAUGAAUUACUAUCGACCAUCAAAGAUAUGUCUCCUGUGCUUAUACCUAUUCGAGAUCAACUACUGGAGAUUCGAACAGAAUUAGUGGAGAUUGCAUUUCGAGAUCAAUACACAGCACAAGAUAUAUUGCCUAUCCAAGAAAGAUUACGUGAGAUUGAUUCAGUGCGUGGAACAAACGGCUUGUUCUAUAAGGAUGCACCUGACAUCUUGGCCUUGAUUGGUCAAGGGACCUUGGUCGAUCUGCUAGAAAAUAAUUUUAACGCCUGUCACGAUUUGUUGAACUCUGAGUAUUCGCCCAAAGUCGAUUCCAUUCGUCAACGUUUGAUCGAUAUAAAAAAUGAUUUACAAGGCAUUGAAAUGACGAGCAAAUGGAGCUUGAGACAGACAGACUUGUUUUCAUAUCAGCUACAAUUACACGAUGUCACUCGUAUGUUACAUGAACAUCAUGAGUUUGGAGGAGAACAAGGCAUUAGUAUGCUAUCCUAUCUCCUGGCUGCUUGUUAUAACAUCAUUUUGAAUUUGUUGGGUGAAGAACCUUCCGUAGCGGAAUCAUUAUUGCCCAUCUAUAACCAACUGAAUACCUUACGAGACUGUCUUAAAAGGUUAAAAUCCUUUCAAUGUGAGUUGGAAGAAGAUGACAAGAUGUUAUAUAUUUUAAAGUUGAAAAGUAUUGACGUGCUAAGAAGGGACGGUGCUUUCCACGAUGAUGAUGGAUUUAUACCAGAAGGCCAAAGUAAAUGCGUGUAUGCUUUAGAAGAAUGUUACAGACUUAUUCAAGACUUGAGUCCAGAGGAUCCCACAGAAGGAUGAUACUCGUAGUCAAAUGAGCAACAUUUAGAAUUAUUGUUUAAAAUGAAAAAAGCGUGCUUUACACGAUGAUCUUAUUAAAAAAAAAAAAAGCAUAUGCAAAAUAGGAAAGGGGCGUUUUUUUUUUUAUAUAUAUAUAUGUGAUUUGUUUGAAACUCAAAUAAUAAUGGUGUACCUCUUUCAUUGGAUGGAAUAUGUAAAUUGUAUUGAUUGGCUUAAUGAUUUUAUUUUUUACACG